ACGAGGAUGAAGGGAUACUGCAGACUGUGGGAGUUCUCGGAGCAGAAUACCCUGGAGGAGAGGAAAGAACUUGCACGCCGCAUGAAGCGCCGCCAGCCAGGAAAUGUGCCCGUGGUGCUGGGCCGCGCCGCACGAUGCCGCGUGGGGACCUACCAGGAGCUGCGCGUGAGUGCCCCUGGACACCUGAACCUGGCACAGCUGCACCUCGCGUUAAGGACCAGGAUAGAGGUAGAUCCUCGCCACUCUAUCCUCUUCUUCACCGGCAACACCCUGGCGUCCGUCACCUGCACCCUGGCCAGUCUGCACCACGCCCACGCCCACACAGACCACUUCCUGUACGUCACCUUCUGCGAGGAGAACUUUCAGGGCUGAGGGAACGAGUGAUGUGCCGGAUACCAAAAGCCAGUAUCUCUAUUUAUGUUCGUCAUGAUAUGCAGCUAUAACUAAUCACUUUUGCAUAUGUUGUAGUCAGGUCUCCUAUAUUUUUAUACUCAAAUAAACUUAAAUUUUAGUA